CCCGACUCGAUCCCCUCAAAUGCACCACCCACCACCUUGAUACCCUUGGAUUCCUAUCCGAAUCGAUGCCACAGGUAAUUUGCUCUCCAAGACAAGUACCAUGGCAUCUUCCCAGCCCAUAAAGUCGCCUAUGGGCUCGCAGUCGCAAAACCAACGUUCCAGCCAGCAAGGCCUCAAAUACCCAUCCAACGGCAAAACCAUAUACCACCGCCCAUUGAAUCGCAGCCGGACACAGGAAUUGAGCCAGGCGAGCUUCGCAUACUUGUUUGGGGAGAUGGUUAGUUAUGCACAGAAGAGGGUGACUGGGAUUCAAGAUCUGGAAAAGCGGUAGGUCCCAUCCUCAUCCAUUCAGAACAUCCCCAAGGCAUGAGGAUGGCAGGAUUAGAGAGACUAAUUUUUUGAUUCGUUCUAGAUUGAAUAACCAAGGCCAUCCCAUAGGUCUCAAACUACUAGACCUCCUUCUCUACCGCGAACCAGCACGCUCCCAAACCCGACCCCUCCAUAUCAUCGCCCUCCUCCAGUUCAUCACCACAACCCUCUGGCGUCACCUCUUCUCGCGCCCUGCGGACGCCCUCGAGAAAUCUUCGAAUCCAGAUACGCCGGAGGAAUACAUGAUCAGUGAUAACGAGCCGCUGGUCAACCAGUAUAUCAGUGUGCCCAAGGAGAUGAACCAACUUAAUUGCGCGGCAUAUGUGGCCGGUAUUGUGGAGGGUUGUUGUGACGGAGCGGGAUUUCCGGCCAAGGUUACGGCUCAUAGUGUUGGGAAGGGGGAGGAGGGGGAACUGUGGCCUGGCAAGACGGUCUUUUUAGUUAAGUUCCAGGAUGAGGUUGUGGAGAGAGAGGCAUUUUUGGGGAGAUAGAUAUGAAGGGUCUGUUUGAAGGCUAGAGGGGCAAGUGUCGACAAGGAAGACAAUGUACGGAGCGUGAGAAAUGUGAUGUUUGGCUGUUUGGCUGGCGUAAAGG